CAUUAGCACAAGCUUGACAGUGGUGUGAAGAUGGCGGCGUACAGUCGCACUCAGCUGCUGCUGCUGCUGCUGCCGUUGUCGUUACUGUGUCUCUGCGGCUUCGGCUCCGUCCUCGGCUUGAAGGCAGCCAGCGGCCCGGCCGAACCGCCCAACCCGCCCGUCCUCAGAGCCGCUGAUCCCCCGGCCAAGGAUGCACCUGCCGCCGCCGCCGCCGCCGCCGCCGCCGCCGCUGGGGCCUCACCGCCUCGAAGGGCGACCGGCUGGAAGCUGUCGGAGGAGGAGGCCUGCCGGGAGGACCUGACCCGCCUCUGCCCCAAACACACCUGGACCAACAACCUGGCCGUGCUGGAGUGCCUGCAGGACCGCAGAGAGGAAACUGAUAUUGCUCCUGACUGUAACCAUCUGCUGUGGAACUACAAACUCAAUCUGACCACAGACCCAAAGUUCGAGUCUGUGGCCACGGAGGUCUGCAAGAGCACCAUCGCUGAGAUAAAGGAGUGUAACGAGGAGGAGCGAGGGAGGGGCUACCUGGUGUCCUGUCUGGUGGAUCACCGUGGCAACAUCAGCGAGUACCAGUGUAACCAGUACAUCACCAAGAUGACCAGUAUCAUCUUCAGCGACUACAGACUGAUCUGCGGCUUCAUGGACAAAUGUAAAGAAGACAUCAACACCCUGCGCUGCGGCAGCAUCAACAUAGGACACAAGGACGUUCACUCGCAGGGUGAAGUGAUCGCCUGUCUGGAGAGGGCGUUGGUGAGGGAGGCGGAGCAGCAGGAUCACGUUCGACCAAUCAAAGAGGAGUGUCAGAGGGCAAUCCUGCGGGUGGCGGAGCUGUCGUCGGACGACUUCCACCUCGACCGCCACCUUUACUUCUCCUGCCGAGACGACCGCGAGAGAUUCUGUCAGAAUACUCAGGCAGGAGAAGGGAAAGUCUACAAGUGUCUGUUCAAUCACAAGUUUGAAGAGGCCAUGUCAGAGAAGUGCCGUGACGCUCUGACUACCCGUCAGAAGCUGAUCUCUCAGGACUACAGAGUCAGUUACUCUCUGGCUAAAGCCUGUAAGCUGGACCUGAGGAAGCAGCGCUGCAGCCUGGACACCAACCUGCCCCGAGCCCGCGAGGCUCGCCUGUCGUACCUGCUGCUGUGUCUGGAGGCUGCUGUGCACCGCGGUCGUCCCGUCAGCGGCGAGUGUCAGGGGGAGAUGCUGGACUACCGGCGGAUGCUGAUGGAGGAUUUCUCUCUGAGUCCGGAGAUCGUGCUGCACUGCCGUACGGAGAUCGAGGCUCACUGCUCCGGGCUGCACCGCAAAGGCCGCACGCUGCACUGCCUGAUGAGAAUUGGACGCGGCGACCGCAGCACCACCGUCGACAGCGUCUGCCAGAGCGCCCUGCAGACGUUGAUCCAAUCUGCCGACCCCGGAGCCGACUACCGGAUCGACCGAGCGCUCAACGAGGCCUGCGAGUCCGUCAUCCAGACCGCCUGCAAACACAUCCGCAACGGAGACCCAAUGAUCCUGUCGUGCCUGAUGGAGCACCUGUACACAGAGAAGAUGGUGGAGGACUGUGAGCACCGACUGUUGGAGCUGCAGUAUUUCAUAUCCAGAGACUGGAAACUGGACCCCAUCCUGUAUAAGAAGUGUCAGGGCGACGCUGCUCGACUGUGUCACACACACGGCUGGAACGAGACCAGCGAGCUGAUGCCGCCGGGCGCCGUCUUCUCCUGCCUGUACCGCCACGCCUACCGCACCGAGGAGCAGGGACGCCGGUUAUCUCGGGACUGUAAGGUCGAGGUUCAGAGGAUUCUCCACCAGAGGGCGCUGGAUGUGAAGUUGGACCCUGAGCUGCAGAAACGCUGUAUGACCGACCUCGGCAAGUGGUGCAGCGAGAAGACGGACACUGGACAGGAGCUGGAGUGUCUGCAGGAUCACCUGGAGGAUCUGGUGUCUGCCUGCAGGGAGGUCGUGGGCAAUCUGACGGAGCUGGAGUCAGAGGACAUCCAGAUUGACGCUCUGCUCAUCAGAGCCUGUGAACCCGUCACCCAGGCGCACUGCCACGAUGUAGCUGAUAACCAGAUCGAUACAGGUGAUCUGAUGGAGUGUUUGGUUCAGAAUAAACACCAGAAGGAGAUGAACGAGAAGUGUGCAGUCGGCGUCACACACUUCCAGCUGAUUCAAAUGAAGGAUUUCCGGUUCUCCUAUAAGUUCAAGAUGGCCUGUAAGGAGGACGUUCUCCGCUUGUGUCCAAACAUCAAGAAAAAGGUGGAUGUCGUCAUCUGUCUGAGCACCACGGUGAGGAACGACACGCUGCAGGAGGCCAAGGAGCAGCGGGUUUCACUCAAAUGUCGUAAACAGCUGCGGGUGGAGGAGCUGGAGAUGUCGGAGGAUAUUCGGCUAGAACCAGAGCUGUAUGAUCCCUGUAAGUCCGACAUCAGCCGUCUGUGUCCCAAUGUGGCGUUUGGUAAUGCUCAGAUGAUCGAGUGUCUGAAGGAGCAGAAGAAGCAGCUCAGUCAGCGCUGCCACCAGCGGAUCUUCAGGCUGCAGGAGGUGGAGAUGACCGACCCCGAGCUCGACUACCAGCUGAUGAGAGUCUGCAAGCAGAUGAUCAAGCGGUUCUGUACUGAAGCGGACGCCAGGAACGUCCUUCAGUGUCUGAAACAGAACAAGAACAGCGAGCUGAUGGAUCCCAAGUGCAAACAGAUGAUCACCAAGAGACAGAUCACACAGAACACAGACUACAGGCUGAACCCGGUGUUAAGAAAAGCGUGCCGAGCCGACAUCCCAAAGUUCUGCCAGCCAAUCCUGAACAAGGCGAGCGAGGACAGUGAGCUGGAGGGUCAGGUCAUCGCCUGUCUCAAACUCAAAUACGCCGACCAGAGGUUGUCACCAGACUGUGAAGACCAGAUUAGAGUGAUUCUCCAGGAGUCGGCGCUCGACUACAGACUGGACCCACAGCUGCAGAUGCACUGCUCGGAUGAGAUCUCCAGGCUGUGUGCAGAGGAGGCAGCAGCUCAGGAGCAGACCGGUCAGGUAGAAGAGUGUCUGAAAGUCAACUUACUGAAAAUCAAACAGGACGGCUGUAAAAAGGAAGUCCUGAACAUGCUGAAGGAGAGUAAGGCGGACAUCUUUGUGGACCCAGUCCUCCACACAGCCUGCGCUCUGGACCUCAAACACCACUGUGCUGCCAUCACACCCGGCAGAGGACGACAGAUGUCGUGUCUGAUGGAGGCCUUACAGGACAAGAGAGUCCGUCUGCAGCCGGAGUGCAAGAAAAGACUUCAAGAUCGCAUCGACAUGUGGAGCUACGCUGCAAAGGUGGCGCCGGCAGAGGGUUUCUCAGACCUGGCCGUGCAGGUGAUGACGUCGCCCUCCAAGAACUACAUCCUGUUAAUGAUCGCACUGAGCGUAUGCGUCCUCUUCCUCGUGGGGCUGCUGUGCGGGCGGAUCACCAAGCGAGUGACGAGAGAACUGAAGGACCGGUAGAGGGCGAGCGCUCGGACACAUCGUGAAAGACUCCUUCCUCCUCUUCCUCCUCUUCCUCCUCCUCUCUCAGAUGCCCGGUCUGUAACCAGCCAACCUGCACAGUGCCAACGCCAGUACCCACAUCUGGAACUCCUUUGUUUAUUGGCUGCUGCUGAAUAUUUGCAUCAGAUGCAAAACGCUCCCCCCUCCACAUCUCCAUUUGGGCUUCUCCAAACUGACUGUCUGAUUGGAGUGUUUUUUCCCUUGAUGAUCGUAUCUUUCUCCCAACAAAUCUGCUUUUGCCGAGGACUUCGUUUGGGGCCGGAUGUGAGGUCGUCCGGCAUAUUUUAAGUUUCUAAAUAAGCGCUGUUAAUGAUGUGACUGAGGGCUGCUGCUUCUGAGGUUAGGAUUGCUUUCCACUCGUUGAGUCCUGAUGCUUUUUGUGAUAUUUAAGACUGGAGCAUGUAGAGCAACAGGACAUUGUUUCUUUCUAAGUGACUGCGGCUGCCUGAAUCGCACACGGAGCAACUUUAAAUCUUGAGGCAAAACUUUUGGGUUGAAUUCUGUGAUGUUUCAACAUUUUUCUUCAUAAAUCCUGAAGUCCCGUCCCGAUCGCGUCCAGCUCGCCAGGUACGACUCUCUACAUUUGGACCAGUUCAGCCACAAGUUUUUGAUUCUUCCGGGAUCACCAUGACCUGUGUAGUCCCAAAUCCCUGUUCUCUGUUGCCUUUUAAUGAACCAACACAAUCUAUCACAUAACACACAGAGGCUUCAUUUUAUAACUGUACGACCUGCCAGUGCACAAACAUGCGCCGUUGUCUUUCUUUUGUGAGGGGGGAAGUGAUUAUUAAUACAGAUAAAGCAUCUAGUUCCUUUUUUUGCAAAUAACUCGUGUAUCGAUGGCAUGCGAGACGUCAGCCCACACUACUUCGAUGUUUAAAGUCAUAUCGUACAUUUACACUCAAAACAUGCAUGUAAACAUAACAGUAGAUCAGACAUGAGCCAAAACAUCGUCUGAAAAUGGGCACAAACAAGUCUGAGGUAAUCUUUUCAAACAGGGUCAGUAGAUAAUAGCUUCUUUUCCUAGGCUCUUAGUCUAGCUUAGCAUAAAGACAGAGACUCACCCCCGUACAGCUGUCAUGAACAGGGAAUUUGGCUAUAACGGUUGUAAACAUGUUUAUUAAUGUUGUAAAGUUGAGCAUUUUAAUAUGGGGCCUUUAUGGAGAUUGACUCACUUCUGUAGUCAGCCUCAAGUGGCCGUUAGAGGAACUGCAGUUUUUGUUACGUCAGCGUCGGCUUCAUUAGCACCCACAGAGGUUUCUGCUUGUUAAUCGGUGAUCUUUUAGAGGUGUGUUUUUAACUCUGCACAGAGGCAGGCUAGCUGUUUCCACCUGCUUCCAGUCUUUAUGCUAAGCUAAGCUAAUCACCCCCUUGGCUCCAGCUCCUAUAAACGUGUCCAGCACUAAACGGCUUGUUCUGCUGUCCCCAAGUAGCCAAAAAAAAAAAAAAUCUAUUAAAGCAGCUUUAAAUGUUCUUGACUGCAGCAGGGAGGGCCUGAGGGCCACAGUGAGAGACAGCAGAGGAAAAAUAAAGUGCAGCCGGACUGAUCAAGGUUGCGUAAGACUGAUUGUGAUAUUAUUAUUAUUAUUAUUAUUAAUUAUCUGAUUCAGAUAAUUCUGUUUUAUUUAUACAUGUGUAUCAUCUGAAGCUUGAGUUGACUAAUAUCAGAUACAUUGUAACUUCCAUAAUAAACGUACGUGACGCAUACAAGCAAAAUAUCUGUACGGGGUCACUUUUACCAGGUGAUAUGAGACGAUCACUAGGAAUGCAUCAGAUAGUAAUAUUAAAGGAAACUUAGAAAGGAUGUUUGGCUUCAUCAGUCCCUCCAGGAAGUUACGAUGUCGUCACAACAACUAACGCAAAUUCAACCAGUCCCUGCAACUUUUCCACAAAUUUGACCAAUCAUCAUAGUUUCAACACUCGUAGCAAAACACUGAGCCAUACGUCACCAAACUACUAGCAGUUUUAUUCUCACUGGAACAAGUUGCCUUCAAUUUUUAAUUAAUUAUACAAUAAAAUAGCAAUUAUUUUUUACUUUCUCACGCAAUUUAAUUGCAAAAUAAUUCCUACAAACAUUGCAACGUGUGUCACACGAAGAAAAGCUUCCAUGAAAUCAGGCAUUAUAUAUUUUAAUCUAAAUGGGACCAUAAUUUACUAAAUAAAUAUCAUGCUGUAUGGAAGAAGACUAGAGACUGAAACCAUAAACUCAUUAGGAAACUUUGAGAAAAAGUUGGGUCAUUUUUUAAUAAGACCAAUAAAGGCUGUGAGAUCCUGGAGGGACUGCUUGAUGCUGACAUUUCCCAUCCAGGUAGAAAAGAAUCGCUCAGUAUGUUACAGACAUUCAAGCCAUAAACUUAUUGUUGCUUUUGUUUCAGGCUAUUUUAACUGUAACUAAAGAGAUUUUUUUCUUCUUCUGAUUGAUGAAUAUUUUAUUUUGCACUUUAACUUGAUCACAUCUGUUGUGCAUUGAAGUGCUUGUUUGUUUGCUGACAUGAGCUGACUGGACAAUGAGCCUCAUUCAUCUCAUUCACAUGUAAAAAGAUGUCUAAAAAUAAAAAAGUAACCACACCUUUCUUUUAGCGGAUGUUUUGCAGCUUCUGGUUGUGCGUUAGUAUUUGUGAGGGAGUUAACAGAAGCAGCAUACACACACGCUGUUCUCUGCUCGUUCACAAAUGUUAACGCCGCUGAAGUUUCAAACCAUUUGUGAACAUUCUCGAAGGGAUUUGAGUGUGAAAAAAAGAAACGUCCUCUACCUGAAAGCCGAGCCGUCGUCAGAUAGAAUCCAGCAGCUCGCUGCUUUGAGCUUUUCUAAAUGAUCUUUAUGUUCCUGUGUGUCUCUGCUGAAGUCAGGUGUUGAAUCACAGUCAUUUCACAGGAAAUAAAGAAGAUAUCGUAAGUUUGUACGCGAGACUCUAUCUCGUACGAACCUUAUCAGUGUGCAGUUUUUUUCUUUUCAGAUUAUACCAUGUAACAUGAAGACGUAACUGAUUUAUCAUUGUGAGAUUUGAUUUUGCUGUACAGAUAAGAAUUUGUCAAUUUAAUAAAACUGUCUGCAGAUUUUCAUA